GUUUGUCCGCUCAGGGCUUCCGUAGCAGUGAACAUGUGUGCACACCUCUCUUUCUGUCCAGUCAGUUAGCUGUGAGGUGAUGGCGAUAGAAGUCAGCUAGUAGCUCACAGGUACUCAGGUGGUGUGUUUCUUUGCGCUUGGAUUACUUGACUCUGAUCCACCUGACCCGUGGCAGACCACAGGAGGAGUCGCUUCGCCUCUUUUUAACACUGUUGGCUAAGUAAGCCAACGUCGGCUAGCUGAGCAGACUCUCCUUAAAAAUGGCCACUGUUUCAAUCCCUGCAUGUACCAGCGCACUCUUACUGGAUAUUGAAGGAACAACCACACCAAUCACGUUUGUUAAGGUGGGUGCUUUUACACAAAAAUGCUGUCUUUGCAGUGCUUCGCCUUUUAGUUCAAAAGCAUUGUUAUCUAAUAUGUAGCGCUCUACAACGCCUCUCUAUGGUCACGCUAACAGAUGCCGGUGUUUCGGUCGUAAUGGUUACCGUGAUAACUGGCAACUGUCGGCGGGAUGCUUUUGUGGUUAUCGUGGCUGUUGCAGCGUUUACUGAAAACAGAUUUAGUCGUUUUCCUCGCUCAAUUUGCCAGGCAAGAUUGUAAUAUUUUCACAAGACAAUUAAAAUUAAACAUAUAUUUCUGGCAUGGACAGCUACAUCGCUUUUCCGUUUUAAGUAGCUAUUAGAACCACGUCAACCACUUAUGUCGAAAGUCGUUAGGUAAUACGGACACAAAUAUAAUCGAAACACCUGUCAUUGGGAGCAGCCAGUUUGACCGGCAGAAUUAGACUUUCAACCGUUUUAGCAAAGUCAUACUGAAAUUCUGCCUUACAUUAUAUGCAAUUCAUCUAAAAUUAUGAGGUUACUUCACCCAAAAUGUCAUCGAUGAAAUGUUGACACUUCAUAGAAAAAUAGAACGUAUGUUGCGUUCAAGUCGCAUCGAAAUAUUGGUCAUUACUAAUGUCCUAAUUAUCAGUAACAGUCAUGUAAUAAACCCAUAAUAACCUAUAGAAGUUUUCAGUUUUAUAAAAGCUCGUUUAUAUAAUACGAAGUUAUCCCAUGAAAAAGUACCUAUCAGCAAAUAUGGACAACCAAUGUAAAUAAACUCCGUCCUUCAGUACACAGUAAUAAAGCCCAAUUCAAAUGUAUAUUCCUCUUUUUAAUAACUUUAUAAUGUCAGUGAGCCUAACUUGAAUCUCGUUAUAACAUACCCUGAUAGCACACAGCUGUUAUGGAUUAUCGGAGGACACACUACUCAGUUUAUCCAAAUAUCCCAUAUCGUGUAAACGCACCAUGACCACACACAAUAACAAAUCCGGGCUACAUACAUAAAAUAUUUAAAAUGGAAAAUAGAAAAAGUACAUAGCAAUGAAAGAAGUAUAAAUUUAAAGUUUAAAAAAAAAAAUCAUAAUUUUGUAAACAAGUACAAACCAGUAUUCUCUAGUAUAUCUACUUUCUGAGGAGCCUCUCCCAGUGCACUUGCUGACUCAUCUUUGUCAUUUUCAGGAUGUUUUAUUCCCAUACAUUAAAGAGCAUCUUGAAGAUUAUUUGUCCUCUCACUGGGAGGAAGACGAGUGCAAGCAAGACGUUCAUCUCCUAAAGAAACAGGUAAAAAUGAAACAGUAAUGGCUGAAAGAGGGUUUGUAGUGUAGUGUACACUGCUCAAGUGUUGUGGUAAGGAAUGGUAUGAAAGUAUAUUAUGAGGUUUGUAGUUAAAAUGUGUCAAAAAAAAAAAAAGAAAAAAAAUUGGGCAACAAAAAAUGUAGACCUUAUGUAUUUCAGAUCGAAGAGGACAUGAGACAGAAUCGUUCGUGUCCCGUCCACACCGUGGAUCAGACAGUUCACACGGACGAGGAGAAGGCCAUCAGGGAGGUGGUGGAUAACGUGCUGUGGCAGAUGGCGGCAGACAGGAAAUCCACAGCUCUCAAACAGCUCCAGGGUCACAUGUGGAGAGCGGCGUAUUCUUCAGGGAGAAUCAAAGGCGAGUAAGUAAAAUGAUCUUUUUUUUCUCACUUUAAAUCUUAUGCAGACGCUCCGAUGACUUGUCAAGGUUUCCAAAAACAUCAUCAACAUGAAUAUUUAAUGCAGCAAGAAUUUCCACUCAUAGAGAAUGUUUUAAAAUGAUGCACCAGGAAAUGAGUACUGUUACGGUUUACCUGAUCGCCACUUUAUAAUGCAAUCAGGGAUUGAUCCUGGAAACGUGCUGUCUUUCCUCACAGGGUCUACCAGGAUGUGAUUCCGUCCAUCAAGCGAUGGAGAGAAAAAGGACUCAAAGUGUUCAUUUACUCCUCUGGAAGUGUGGAGGCACAGAAACUUCUGUUUGGAUACUCUGUGGAAGGAGAUGUUUUAGAUGUAAGUGACCCCUCAGAGUGAAUCAUUAUCAGAAAGUAUUGAAGACAAAUAGACGCACUGACAUCUUAGCCCACGAGUUUUCAUGCUUCUUUGACUUGGUAGUGGAUAUUUUUGGUUUUAUUAUUUUUAUUCUUAAUCAAAAUAGCACACUCUUGCUUUUCAAACUUGCUGAUGAGGUCUUUUUUAAUCAUUUCAGUUAUUAGAUGGUCACUUUGACACCACUAUAGGAGCUAAAGUGGAGAGUAAAAGCUACCAGAGGAUUGCUGAGAGGAUCGGCUGUCCACCUGAGGAGAUCACAUUCUUGACAGAUGUCACUCGAGGUCAGUGUAUUAGCGUAGCGAUAGUAAUUUUAUUACAGCUUUGCAGAUGUUGCGUUUAAGUCUUAACAGCAUGCUUUGUAAAAAAGAGGAUGUUCUACUUCCAUUGUGAGUCAAUACAAUGAUGAUUAUUUCCAAGAAACACGAGCCGAUUCAGUCCAUUUCAGCCUGUAAUCAAUACUCAGGGCCCCCUAAAGUGUGCACACCUAUUUAAAGGCCGUUCUCUUCUUCAGUCAUGUCCUGUGAAAAGAAUCAGCUAGCUCAUGCUCCCACAAACAUGAGCUACAUUUUUAUUUCUCCUGUUAUUAAUGAGGGGUUUCUGAGGGGUGGAUUGUAGAAAGUCACCGUUCAUUAGAUUACAGUUUCUGUUACUGACAACCAAGACGACAAACUUCACACCUGUUACACACCUUUAGUGUUUGGUUGCGUGUUUACAUUAGUAUUUAGCUUGAAGCACUUUCAGAGAAAAGCCGUUAGUCUUGUUAAAAAACUACCUUGGGGGAUUCUUUAUGUUAAAAAAAGGUCUACAUACAGUAUUUGACAAUAAACACACACUGUGUAUCCCAGGGGUCUAACAAACAGGUUAUGAGCACUUCCUUCCUCAGGACUGAUUUUUUUUCAUGCAAGUUUGUUCAGAUUAAAAAUCAAAACAUGGUAAAUCAAAUGUGCUUUAUUUGUCUUUGCUUUGGCAAAUGUGUGCCUGUUUUUUUUCAGCUGCAAACUUAUAGUAUAAUGAACAUAAAGGGGUUUGAAUGUGACACAGUUGUUGCUGCAGUAUUGUGAGACAAACAGUGGUGGUUCAUUUGGGUGUUUGGUGAAAGUUUAAAUGGGGGGGGGGGGGUGCUUUGCUUGUGGCUGAGUUAGUACAUAUGAUAAACAUCAAUAAACACAUGUGCAGCUGUAGCUUAAAGCUGUUCCUGUUUCUGCAAGGACUUUACACGUUGAGAUAACUCCAGCUGACACUAUAACGCUCUACUAGCCAGAUGUAACAAGCUGAGGAGAACAGAUGGCAUGUUAAAGUUGUGUUAAUGUUUCUGGUCUGUGUAUUCAUACUCUUGUAUAUGUGGUCACAGAGGCCAAAGCAGCUGAAGAAGCCGGUGCUAACGUGGUGGUGGUGGUCCGACCUGGAAACAUGGAGCUGACAGACGAUGAAAGAGCCCACUAUAACCUCAUCACGUCCUUUAGCCAACUUGAACUGUCGGGUGCUUAACAUGGAGAGCAUGGCUCUGUUUGCUGAUCUGUUCCUACUCUUUUGACCCCGUUCCCACUCUCACCACCUCCCCAUACCUUUUCUGAUAUUUUAUUUGUUCCACUUUGACUGUUCAGGAGGCGUCUGAGGUGCUGCUGGGACUGCAGUCAGCCAUCAGUGAGGCUCCUGGAGUCCCAGAUUGUAAGAAAUGUACUUCCCCCAUAUUUCUGAAUGCCUUCCAGAUGUUGGUCACAGAUCUACGGAGCGUUUGAGGAACCUCUCUCUCUCAUGGACCAUUUCGUUGAUCCAAAAGAGAACAAAAAUUCAGCACGUGACAUUUGAUGUUACCUUUUUACCUUUUCAGGAAGACUGUAUUUGGUUGUCAGUUUUCAACUAUUUAACUUAAAUCAAACUUUCCGGCUGUAUGUAUGUUGUAAAACCUUCUCCAUCGAUGUGCUGUUUCCCUCCUCUCCACAUAUGCUAACUAUCCUGUGAGAAGACCCUGUUAAUGUUUAGGAAGUAGAAGCUCAGUAGAGAUGUACUGAAAGCAUUGGUGCUACUGACAGAGUUCUCAUUUUUCUUUGAAUGUCUUAAUAAAUCCUCUCGAAUGGUGUCUGUUUCAAUGUGCCAUCCCUGUUAAUCAUAAUGUAUUGUUGGUGUUGGAAAGUUACCCCAAACGUUGCCAAAUUGAUAAUUUAUGUGUGAAGCAUAAUUGGUGUUAUUCAGGAAAUGAUCUAAAAAACUUCCAAUAAAUGCCUUGUCUCACACUGAGA